AUGAUCAGCACCAAGACGACGACCCGCGCUGCCGUCAACGGCGUGCGCACCCUCGCCUCCCUCGCGGCCGAGCAGCACGCCGCGACCCCGCUCCAGGCGUACACGCCCCCUCCGGUCGCCGACACCAAGACCACGGCCCAGUGGGUCCAGUUCGGCCGCGAGCACGUCACUCCUGGCCUUGGACGCGUGCGCGACAUGGUCGUUGUGCGCGGCCAGGGCCUCGAGAUUGAGACGAGCGACGGCGACAAGAUCCUCGACUUCAGCUCGGGUAUCGGAGUGCUCUCCCUCGGACACUGCCACCCCGCCGUCUCGCAAGCCGUCCACGCCCAGGUCGACACGCUCACCCACCUGCAGUGCUCGAUCGGCUUCCACAAGCCGUACCUGCAGCUGAUUGAGCGCCUCAAGUCGGUGAUGCCCGACCCGUCGCUCGACUCGUUCUUCUUCUGGAACUCGGGCUCAGAGGCCAUCGAGGCGGCCAUCAAGAUUGCGCGCAAGGCGACUGGCCGGCCCAACGUCAUCUCCAUGAACGGCGGAUACCACGGGCGCACGUACGGCUCGGGCGCGCUCUCGCGCAGCAAGAACAUCUACACUGUCGGCGCGGGCGCGAUGAUGCCCGGCUCGCACGCGACGCCGUUCCCGUACUGGCACAGCAUGAGCCUCCCGAUGACUACCUCGGAGGACGAGCUCGUGCGCAUUGCGAUCGCGCAGCUCGACCUGCUCCUCCGUACCCAGUCGGCGCCAAAGGACACGGCCGCCAUCUUCAUCGAGCCCGUCAUCGGCGAGGGCGGCUACGUGCCCACACCGCACGCGUACCUCCGCCACCUGCGCCAGCUCUGCGACGAGCACGGCAUCCUGCUCAUCGCCGACGAGGUGCAGUCUGGCUUCGGACGCACGGGCAAGAUGUUUGCCAUCGAGCACUCGGGGGUGCGUCCCGACGUCGUCGUCUUCGCCAAGGGCGUCGCCAACGGAUACCCUCUCAGCGGUGUCGUUGCGCCCCGCAAGAUCAUGGAGACGCUCGACACUGGUGUGCUUGGCGGCACGUACGCGGGCAACGCCGUCGCCUGUGCUGCCGCCACGGCCGUCGUCGACGUGUUCAACUCCCAGGACGUGCUCGGCAACGUCGAGGCCCGUGGCAAGCAGCUGCACGACGGGCUCGAGAAGAUUGCCCAGACUGAGGCGGGCAAGAAGCUGAUUGUUCAGCGCCGUGGCCAGAACCUCAUGGCUGCCAUCGAGUUCCGCUCGGCCGACCCCCUCACCCACCACGGCCUCCCCGUCGGCACUACCGUCCCCUCGUCCAUCGCGCGCCGCGUGCAGGAGAAGUGCCUCGACGCCGGCCUGCUCCUCCUCACGACGUCGACGUUCGAGGUUAUCCGCUUCAUCCCCUCGCUCACCGUUACCGAGUCCCAGGUGGACAAGGCGCUCGAGGUGUUCGCCAAGGCCGUUGCUGAUGUCGCGCGCGAGGGUUAG